AUGCCGUGUGCACAGGCUCCUCUGGCCCGUGUGAAAAGGAAAGACGUGGUACUACCGCCGUCUGGAUCCGGUAGUGCCACCGCUCCACAAACCCUGAUGCGGCGGCCAAUGUUAAGUGGUACUAUGUACGCUACUAUGCUUGGAGAGGUAGGUCAGACAGGCGACAGGGAACAUACUAUACCGAUAUACUGUACCGUACCGUACUAUUCCUCAAGAUUCAUGGGUGCUGACAGUACAUAGUAC